AUCGAACAGCUGAUGGCACUUAAACAAAUGUUACCCAAUAUUUUUUAGUUAAAAAUUAUGGCACAAAAUGGUGAGAAAAUCCCCCCAAACAACGACAAUUCGUCGAAAACUUCGCACUAUUCAAAGGUAAUAAUUGUCGGUGCCGGAAUGGCCGGACUUAGCGCUGGAUUCCACUUAACCAAAAACAAUUUUACCGACUUCAAAAUUUUGGAAGCGAGAGGCCGAUUAGGAGGCCGCAUUGUUCAAAUUCCGAUGGGAAAUGAAAAGGUGGAACUCGGGGCCAAUUGGAUUCAUGGAGUUUUAGGCAAUCCCGUGUACGAAUUUGCUAUGCAGCAUGGACUUGUUGAUUUUUUGGCUGCUCCGAAGCCUCACAAAGUUGUAGCUGCAACAGAACAAGGUAAACAAGUUCCUUUUUCAAUCCUUCAAGAAAUAUACGAGGCAUAUUUGUGUUUCUUGAAACGAUGUGAAGAGUAUUUUAUUUCUCAGUAUGAACCACCUGACGGUAUAGACAGCGUAGGUGAACAUAUAAAACUUGAAAUUAAUUUAUAUCUAGAUAAAGUAAAGGAUACAACAGAAAGGCAUUUAAAAGAAUUACUAUUUGACUGCUUGCUAAAAAGAGAAACAUGCAUUUCAGGAUGUGAUAGUAUGAAUGAAAUCGACCUGCUGGAAGUAGGGAGUUAUACAGAGCUUCAAGGCGGUAACAUCAUACUUCCAAAAGGUUAUAGUUCAAUACUACAUCCUUUAGAGAGUGUUAUUCCGAAAGAAAAUCUUUAUAGGAGGCAUCCUGUAAAAUUAAUUAAAUGGAACUGUAAUAAAAAACACUCAAAGUCACCAGCCGCAGAUGCAUGUAAUGAUUCGGACUCUGAUGACUCAGAUAGAACAGUGGUAGAGGACUCUAAUAGUAAUCCGAGUUGUAGUAGAGAAUCUUCUGAAGAAAGGACUGUUCCUAGUAGUUACAAUGUUGAAAUUGUGUGUGAAAAUAACGAGAGAUUCUAUGCCGAUCAUGUGAUAUGUACCAUACCUUUAGGAGUAUUAAAACAUAAAGCUAAUAGUUUAUUUAAGCCCUUGUUACCUGAUUACAAGAUGGAAGCUAUUGAGAGGCUGUUGUUUGGAACUGUAGAUAAGAUUAUUUUAGAAUAUGAGAGGCCUUUUCUGCACCCUAGCAUUACAGAAGUGUUAUUAUUAUGGGAAGAAGAUGCAAGUGAAGAUAUAAGCAAAAACUGGUAUAGAAAAAUAUAUUCUUUUAGUAAAAUAACAGAAACUUUGAUUUUGGGAUGGAUAUCUGGAAAGGAAGCUGAAUAUAUGGAAACUUUAGAUAAUAAUUUACUUAUAGAAACAUGCACUAUGAUUCUGAGGAAAUUUUUAAAUGACCCUUUUAUACCAAAACCAAAAAGUUGUGUCUGUACAACUUGGCAUAAUCAACAAUAUACCAGAGGUUCAUACACAGCAGUAGCAGUGGGAUCAUCACAAAUUGAUAUAGAAUGCUUGGCUCAACCUUUGUAUUUAGAUGAAAACGAAACAAAGCCUGUUUUAUUGUUUGCCGGUGAACAUACUCACAGUAACUUCUACUCAACAGUUCACGGUGCUUAUUUAACUGGUAGGACUGCAGCACAAAUUAUACUGCACAGUGACACACCUCAAGAAAUAGUGGUAGAUUGUCAGGACGAAACUGAUCUUAGUUCGUGGAUCCAAGGUAUUACUUUAGAGUAAGUCUGGACAAAAAUGUACCUUUCAGGAGUUUGAUAUUGGAGUGUUUGUAUUGUUAUACAAAAUUUAUUUGUACAGUUAAAGCACAGAAUUACCUAAUUUACAGAAGCGACGAGCGAUAUUUUUGUUGUCUAAAUUUGAAGUGAGUUCAUAUUUUUAGGCUAUAAUUUAAAGGUGCGUAUUCAUUAUCCGAACGAACGAAGGAAUGAAAGUGCGGUAUAUUUAGACGGGGACCGAACGCAGGCGGUCGUUCGUUCGUU